AUGGAGCACAAGGGGGACACAUACGUGUUAACGCGCGAGACUCACAGCUCUAUCAGACUGACGGCCCAGCACUUCCUGUGGCAACGGGAACUAGGCUGGAACCUACAUCCAACGAUCGCGAAGCACCUGCAAGACGCAGGCACUGGAGCAUCAGUUGCAGAGAUCGCUUGCGGGAAUGGCCUAUGGAUGGUAGAGGAGUCCGCAAACCAUCCCAGAGCACAUUUUACUGGCUUCGAUAUCUCCGACGCCUUUUUCCCGCGCCAAGAGAACUGGCCCUCGAAUGUCCAAUUCGAGAAGUUGGACGCAGCAGCUGCAGCUGUGCCCGAGAGACUGCAAGGCGGAUUUGACGUCGUGCAUUGUCGGUUAAUGCUGGGUGCAAUCCGAGAUGGCAACGCAGAUCCAUGGAUCGAGACUUUCCUUGCCCUUCUCAAGCCGGGCGGAUAUCUGCAGUGGGACGAGCUUCAUGGGGUUCGUCAGUGGACGUCUUCAAAUGGCGCGGCUGAUCCAAAGUGGAACACAUUCGGUACCAGCAUGAUGAAGAAGAGAGUACCAGAUUCCAGCUUCGAGUGGAUAGCAGCACGGUCGGAGACCUUGGCGCGACAUGGAAUGGUCGACAUUUCUCAGAUCAAUGUAGACAAGCCGAGUCCAGCUUUGCGAAAACACUGGACGGACAACGAGUUUGCGAUAAUGGAGGACAUGGCUACUUCAAUGAGACUGGGAGAGGAAGUCUUGCAGGAGCUUGCAGACGGCAAGAAGCAGGGAUUUGACUGGUUCUCACCACUGAGGGUGGUCAUUGCAAGGAAGGCACCGUAA